CUACCAGCUUAACAUGGCAGCCGAGUCUGUGACUGUUUCGCCAUCCCAGGUUGAAGAUGCUAGAACGUAUCUUCAGAAGCAUCAAAUUGUGGAUCUGUUCAACAAUAUAACAUCUCAGCUCAUAUACUCGAGGCCAGAUGAGCCAAAAAAGUUUAUCACAGACAUACUGGAAAGAAUUCAGAGAUCCAGGUCUAGUCAUUUAGACCUUCCCUGUAUCUUUGAUGAGAGCAACAUUGUAUCUGUGUUUGGCAUGCUUGACCCAACUGGAUCUGGUUUCAUCAAUUUAAAACAGUACCAUGAAGCACUAAUCACUCUGGGAGUGAAAGAUAUUAAUCAAGAGCCGAAAGGUCAUGAUUCCAACAAAAUCAGCAUGGAUGUCUUUGUUGAAGAGGCGAAGAAAGGUCUUGCUAGAGCAUCAGCUACAUUCCAAAACGAAGAAAGUUUAUGAAACAUUUCAUAUUAAAGAAGGAUAAAAAUAUUCAACAUGAGGCCAGAUAUUGACUGAAGUGAAUUGCUUUCACCUGUGUUACUUGCUAAUAAAUGUUGUACAAAACUUUUACCUUUGUGUACCUCCACACUGACUGUAUUAAUUACUUUGCUACAAAUGUCUCAGUCACUUUUCAUCUGAUUACCUUUUUACCUGCCUCACUAAUCAGACUUCCUUCAACUUGUUUCACUCAUUAUCUGAUACCCUUUGGCUCCAUAUUAUUCUCCACACCAAGCUCAGUCUGCUCUGCCGGCCAGUGCACCUUCACCUGUGUUUUGCCCCUCCACCAGGCUGUGCUGCUUGGACUGUUUCCAAAGGCAUCAUUAAACUCAUCUAUUUUAAGACUUGAGUAUUUGUAAACAACUUGCAUCAGUGCCUUGGACUGUUUCACGGGAUCAGUGUGUUGUGCAAGCCUCCUAGUAUUAGUAUUACUAGCGAAUGCCUCUGCUGUAGAUAUGCUCAAGAUUUGAUGACCUGUGACAUGCUUUACAGUAGCAAGAUGCAGUGGAGAUAAGAGAAUUGUUAGGGCCAGCAGAUCAGACUUUGCUGAGGAUGAUUGCAACCUUUAUUUCAGCUUCCAGACUGACAGUGACUGAUGGUAAUAUGGAAGACAGAAGAAGAAAAACAACAUUUACAUUUUCUUUCUUUGGCUGCAGGAAGUCAAUAAAUUUCCAUGCCCUUGUGUGUGUACAUGUGUGUUGAUAGAUGAUCAUAAAUUGAAUAGCUUUUCACUUGUAUUUGGUAGAUUAUCAGAAAAUCAUAGCUAUUAAAUGUGGACAGAUGAUA